GGCGGGUGGGUUUGGGUCCCACGAAUGUUUCUGGCAGGUGAUAGAUCUACGUUUUUGUACUGAAGAUGUCGCGGGUCAAGAAUCUGAACCUCAGCCUGUCGCCUUCCCCUCAGCCGGGAAAAUCAGCUAUGAGAACUCCUCUCCGAGAACUUAUGCUUCAGCCCGGCGCCCUCAACAACUCUGGGGAAGCGUCCCCUGUGUGUUCCUCGCUGACCCCCUCACUGUGCAAGCUGGGGCUGCAGGAAAGCAGCAACACUUCCACCCCACUGGAUUUUGUCCAUGCCAGGAGGACAGACUCUCCUUCAGAACAAUUCAGCCAUCCUUGGCAGCAGUUCGCCACUUGUCAGUAUGAAUCAGAUGAGCAGCCGCAAACCAUUUUUAUUUCCCAAACCUCUGAAGAAACAGUAGAAUCCGUGGACAACAAUGUGGUUCAAACCUUAGUCCUUGAAUCCCCUCCACUGGGACAGCAGCAAGAGAUUACCUCUGAGGCCCAUUCAGAUGUCGGAACAGAAACAAGCAGAAUCUCUCUAGAUGAGCCCAUGAGGCCAGAAGAUGUGGGGAAUAAAAAGGUGGCACCCUCUAUGGAAGUUGUUGCUGCUGAACCUGAGAAACCUACAUUUCAGGAUGCUCCCCUCUGUCUGGAGCAGCCACCAGAUCUCUGUUCUGAACAACAGCUACACUGCUCCAGGAAAUCCCUGGGGGACAGGAAGACUGAGAGUGUGCCUGAGGACCUGGCACCUUCUGAAAUUAAUGACUUGUUGCCUUCUUCCAUGCUCUGCCUUACCCCUUCAACUGCCUUAGAAGCUGAUUUCCCUGGUGAAAAAGAGAGCAGUUUUCCCAUGCUCCCUAAUGUGAUUAAACAGGAAGAUGAAGUGCUUGCCUCAAACAUGGAGAAUGUACCGUCCACAUGUCUGACUCCAAAUCUGGUAGAAAUGGAAUCCCAAGAAGUUCCAGGUGCAGCAGUGGAAGAUGCUGGUAGGAUUCUUAACUCUGAUUCAGAGACUUGGAUGUCGCCACUGGCCUGGCUAGAGAAAGAUAUAAAUACCUCAGUCAUGCUAGAGAAUCUCCGCCAAAGCUUAUCCCUUCCCUCUGUGCUUCCGGAUGCUGGGAUUGCUAUUCCUUUCUCCACCUGUUCUGUUGGGUCUUGGCUUACUCCCCCAGCACCACAGGAAAAGAGUACAAACAAGCCCCAGGCAGACCCAGUGGGUACCGAGAACAGCAUCUCUGAGACACAUCAUCCCCCAUGGAGUUGUCCUCCAGAUCUGACUGCUUUGUCUCGACAUGACCUUGAAGAUAACCUGCUGAGCUCCCUUGUCCUUCUGAAGGUUCUCUCCCACCAGCUACAGGCCUGGAAGAACCAGCUGUCUGUCCCCCACCUUGAGGUCCAGGACAACAGCACCCAGACAGACACUGUUCCUAGUGAGGUGACUGAGAAACCUCAACAUCUUCAGGAGAACCAGCAAAUUGGACAGGCCUUGCAGCAAGCCAGGAAUGUUAUGCAAUCAUGGAUGCUAGCCUGUAAAGAGCUGACAUCCUUGCUUCACCUCUCCCUGCUGCACUUAGAGGAAGAUAAAAUUACUGUGAACCAGGAGUCUCAGCGUGCAGAAACACUGGUUUCCUGCUGCUCUGAUAUGUUGAAGAAAUUGAGGGCAAAGCUCCAGAGUCUCAGUGCAGAAAAAGAAGAGGCAAGGCACGGAGAGGAAAUGGCCCUCAGAGGCAAGGAUGCGGCAGAGGCAGUGCUGGAGGCUUUCUGUGCACACUCGAGCCAGCGCAUCAGUCAGCUGCAACAUGACUUGACAUCCAUGAAGGAAUUCCAAGGACUGCUGAAGCAGGCCCAGGCCCAGCUGGUAGAACUUCAAACCGAGCAGGAAGAAGUGGUCCAGCAGACAGUGAACCUGACGUCUACCUUGCAACAGGACUGGCUGUCCAUGCAACUGGAUUAUACAACCUGGACAGCUUUGCUGAGUCGGUGUCAUCAGCUCACAGAAAAACUCGCAGCCAAAAGCCGGCAGGCCCUCCAGGAACGUGAUGCCGCCAUUGAGAAGAAGCAGCAGGUUUCCAGGGAGCUGGAACAAGUCUCUGCCCAUUUAGAACACUGUAAAGGCCAAGUAGAACAACUGGAAUUGGAAAACAGUCGUCUGGCAACAGAUCUCCGAGCUCAGCUGCAGAUUCUGGCUGGUGUCGACAGCCAGCUAAAAGAGCUGCAGAGUCAGCAUGCCCAUUGUGCCCAGGUCCUGGCUACGAAGGAUGAAUUACUCAGCCAUCUUACCCAGAGCAAGGAGGAGCAAGCUGCUCAAUGGCAAAAGGAGGAGGCGGCACUAAAACUCACACAGGCAGAACUGCAGCAACAGCAGGCUGUCCUGGCCAAGGAGGUACAGGACCUGAAGGAGACGCUGGAAUUUGCAGACCAAGAGAAUCAGGUUGCCCACUUAGAGCUGGGCCAGGUUGAGUGUCAGCUGAAAGCUACUCUGGAAGUGCUCCGGGAGCGCAGCCUGCAGUGCGAGACCCUCAAGGACACCAUGGAGAACCUGAAGGCUAACCUGGCCAACACUAUAGCAGAAAACCAGGAACAAGACCUGGAGAAGACACGGCAGUAUUCUCAAGAGCUAGGGGUGAUUACUGAACAACUACAGAAGCUGACCCUCUUCCUACAGACAAAGCUAAAGCAAGAGGCUGAACCAGAGACCCUUCUGCUGAGCACAGCAUGGACUCCUACCCAGGGACACGCUCUGCCCGAUGACAGUACCUUGUCAGCCAGCAUCUUGACAGCAGCGACAGAUGAAGACCCAGAGUCAGCUCCUGUGCCCUUGGUUGGAAGUGAGACGAGUGCUUUCACCCGAGUAGUGUCGCUGGUUUCCCUUCAGCCUACAGAGACCCCCAGCAUGGAGACGAGCCUGGCAGAAAUGAGUACUAUGAUUCUCAAACUUCAGAACCUGUGUUCCCAGGUGCAGGAGUCCAAAGAAGAAGCCAUCAGCACCCUGCAGCAAAAAAUCUGUGAUCUGCAGGCUAGGCUGCAGGCCCAGGAAGAACAGCAUCAGGAGGCCCAGAAAGCCAAGGAAGCAGACAUUGAGAAGCUGAACCAGGCCUUGUGCUUGCGCUACAAGAAUGAAAAGGAGCUUGAGGAAGUGAUACAGAAGCAGAACGAGAAGAUCCUAGAGCAGAUAGACAAGAGCGGCGAGCUCAUAAGUCUCAGAGAGGAGGUGAUCCAGCUCACCCGCUCACUUCGGCGUGCAGAGACAGAAACUAAAGUGCUCCAGGAGACCCUGGCGGGCCAGAUGGACCCCAACUGUCAGCCCGCGGACACUAACUGGAUCCAAGAGAAAGUGUGGCUCUCUCAGGAGGUGGACAAGCUGAGGAUGAUGUUCCUGGAGAUGAAAAAUGAGAAGGCAAAACUCGUAGUCAAGUUCCAGGGCCAUAGGAACAUCUUGGAGGAGAACCUUCGGCGCUCGGACAAGGAAUUGAAGAAAUUAGAUGACAUUGUUCAGCAUAUUUAUGAGACUCUGUUAUCCAUCCCAGAGGUAGUGAAGGGUUGCAAGGAACUACAAGGAUUGCUGGAAUUUCUGAGCUGAGAAAACUGGAAUGUGCUGCACCCCUUUUUGCCUACAGUACCCCUUACCCUACCAGCAAGACCAACUGGCCUAGAGCCAGCUUUGUGUAAUACUAUUUAAAUAAAGUAUAUUUAAUGUAUCUC